AUGGCUCCUAAAUCCAACCACUCGAGUCGCAAUGGCUCCCCGCUGCGCCCUGCAUUUGCCGGGACCUCUUCGUACACGCCCGACACGAUGUCCGUCGCUGAUGAGCUGCACCCCGUCAUCCACGCAGGCCGCGUCGCACUCGUCACCGGCGCUGCAAGCGGCAUCGGUCGUGCAGCCGCCAUCGAGUUUGCAAAACUCGGCCUCAAAGUCGCCAUCGCCGACAUCUCCGAAGACGCACUCACAGAAGUCGGCAAAACUCUCUCCGCCAUCGUCGGCGAGCCCAACGUCCUCGUCGUGCCCACCGACGUGUCCAAGCUCGACCAGGUCCGCGCGCUCAGAGACCGUGUCUACGAGGCAUGGGGCGAGGUCGCUGUCCUCAUGAACAACGCCGGUAUCGGGCUCAAAGGCACCUCCUGGGAAGGCCUCGACAACUGGCACAAGAUCUUCGAAGUCAACGUCUUCGGUGUGAUCAAUGUUCAACACACCUUCGUCCCUAGCAUGCUGCACCAGGAGAACCCCGCGAUGGUGAUCACGACGGGGUCAAAGCAGGGUAUCACAAACCCUCCAGGCAACGCAGCAUACAACGCGUCCAAAGCCGCCGUCAAAAGUCUCACCGAAGGCCUCGCGCACGAGCUGCGCGAGCGCUCGGGGUCGAAUAUGACUGCUCAUUUGUUCAUCCCCGGCUGGACAUUCACAUCCCUAACCUCCCCAACCCCCUCCAACCCCUCCACCAAGCCCGCAGGCGCAUGGACACCCGAAGAAACCGUCCUCUACAUGCUCGACAAGGUCCGCAGCACAGGCGACUUCUACAUCCUCGUGCCGGACAACGAGACGAAGCGCGAGGUGGACCAGUUAAGGAUUAUGUGGGGCGCGGCGGAUGUGGCGGAGGGCAGGCCCGCGCUGAGUCGGUGGGAUGCGAAUUGGAAGGCGCUUUAUGAGGAGUAUGUGAGGGAGGGGUUGGCGCAGUUGGAGUAG